CAUCGGCCGUCCUGCCGUCCCCCAGUGCAAGUCUUUAAACCUUGGGUCUUUUUACUCUUCAACUGCUAGGCUAAGUCGGUACCUACCUCAUAAUAGCUCCUACAUCAUCCUCACCUGGCAAUAAAGAUGGCCAAACCUACAGAAAUCACCUCGGUUGAUCAGUUCAACGAGUUCUUAAAGAGCUCGCGCAUUGUGGUCGCAGACUUCUACGCGACUUGGUGCGGACCAUGUAAACAAAUUGCACCCUUCUUCGAGCAACUGUCAAAAUCUCUUUCACGCCCCAAAGUUGCAACCUUCGUCAAGGUUAAUACGGAAGCUGAAGGAGCUAAGGCUGUCGCAGCCGAAUACCGUGUUACGCAUCUGCCCACAUUCAUAGUGUUCCGCGAUGGGGUUGUUGCUGAAAGGGUCAAGGGUGCUAAUCCGAAGGAGCUACAAACAAUCAUCGAGAAUCUGAGUCAUAACAUCGAGCAUGCUACUCAAGGGGAGGGCAGUGGCAGUGGUGGCUCGGGAGGUAUCGCUUGGAGGGGAGCUGAUCUACCCCGAGGAUACAUGGACAUCUCCGACACUAUUGAUGUGCGAGGAUUAGAAUUACUGAACGCCGAUGAGAGCCACUUCUCUGUCAGAACUCUCUUCAGUAAGAGCAAACCUUCGGCGUUAUCCAAGGAUAAGGCUGAAAGCAAUGAGAAGGACUGGGUAGAGAGCGAUACGGACGAGCAGUUACUCCUUUAUACUCCCUUCAACUCCGCUAUCAAGCUCCACACAAUACAGAUCACUUCUCUGCCGCCUACUGAUGAUGAAGACGACGAUGACGUACCUAUGCGGCCCAAGACUCUCAAGCUCUUCACAAACCGACCGCACAACCUAGGCUUCGACGAAGCCGACGAUAUCGACCCGACUCAGACCAUUGAGAUUAGCGAGAGCGACUGGAACUCUAACGGUACUGCGAGUCUGCCACUGCGAUUCGUCCGCUUCCAAAACAUUACUAGUCUCGUCAUCUUCGUCGUGGACGGUGAUGGAGAUGGCGAAAAGGUCCGGAUAGACCGAAUAAGAUUUAUUGGCGAGUCUGGCGAGAAGAGGGAGAUGGGGAAGCUUGAAAAGAUCGGCGACGAGCAAGGUGAAUAGAGUGCUACAAGAGGGGGAAAAAAGAAAAAAGAAAAAAAAAAGAUUGGGUGGGCAUGCAAGCACCAAUCGUGGACACUAUUACUUAUGACGAAUGCAAGCAACGAAUGGAA